AAAAUCACUGACUCCAAUUACAUCAAUUGAGGGAAUAAUGCACUCAAAAAAGAUACGUUGUGUAACAAACAUCGAAGUUGAAGAAGGUAUAUAUAUGGACCUACAACUCCGAAAUCUCAUUCACUGCUCUCGGGUUACUCCCAUCGGUGAACCAGGUGUACCUGCAUCAACGAACGAUGACUUUCUACAGGGACCUCUACGAUGAUGGGUGCUACUCACCAUUCCGCUAUGAAGACCUCUAUGGAUUUGGGGGCCUGAAUGGCUACCGAUUUGGGAACCAAUAUGGGUACUACCGGGACCAGUACCCAUACAGCUACAGAAGCUUUGGGAACCUGUAUGGGAACAGAGGCUUGAUUGGUUCUGGUGGCUUCUAUGGAUAUGGGGACUUCUAUGGAUUUGGGAAUGGCUACCCCUUCUUUUCUCGUUUUGGCAACAGAUACAGCUAUUGAAAGUGCUAUCUAUGCUGAACCAGCAGAAAUAGCAACCAAUAAAUGAAAUGCAGGACACGGAUUCAUGGCUAGGUUUAUGAUGCUGAGGAACGCUGAGCACCCAUGCCUCUGGCUGUGUUCAGUGGGACAUGUGGGUGCCAGGGUGUGUAAGAUUACCCCAUACAUAACCCUCUCUAAUAUCUCCUCUUUCUUCAACUAUUACUCUAAAAGGCAACUUGAAUUACAGCAAGUACUGCGGCAUCUUUACAGCAUGUUUAUCUAGUAAAGACUUUGAGGUGUGAGCAAAUUGAUGUUUAAGUUAAUUCACAGCCACUUUGUCUUGUCAUAGCAACAGGAAUUUCUACAGCCAUCAUGAACAAGUCCACUAUGCUUAGCUAUAAACUCCACCAAAGACAACAUCUAGUAGAGGGUCUCCUGUUAUAUACCCAUGCUGUGCCUCAUCUGCCAAUGCAUAUGAUUUACCAGCAGCUCUGUGAGAAAGAAACACGUCUGGACUGUCAAACUCCACUGUUUCCAGAAGGGCAAAGCACCAUCCAGCACUGGACGCACUCUGUUUGCUGAAGAGCCUUCCGUAAAACUGCAGACAUACUCUUGCUGUUCCUCUCUGUUUCUCAUUUCCAUUAAAGUUUUUUCUGCUUCAUAGUA